CCUCCAUGUUAACAGCGCUCCAAGUGGAACCUUUGAGAAACACGCAUGGGUAUAAGGAAACUUUGUUUUUGGUUAUGGCAGUAUUGAUGUUUACAAGAAUUUUCAGCGUUUUUAACCCGUGAUACAAUAUGAAAGACGAAGCACAGAUAAUUAUGACUUUUAAAUAGAUAUUUAACCGUCAGUUUAGGGACUUUUGUGUUUUUCAAAUAUUUUGAAAUGGAUGCGAACGGCAAUGGUAAGCGAACGAUUCCGAAACUAAUAGAUAUAUUUAGUCGCCAGAGGCAAGAUUCCGACAGUGGGCCAGAAUGUUCGGAUUUGGACUUUAUAUAUGAUGAUGCUGAUUCCCUAGUCAAUGAGGUAGCAGAGCUCUACAGUUAUACAGAACAACUGGAGUUUCAGUUAAAUGUCAAAGCAUUUGAAGAUCAAAUGAAGGAAUGGAAACUUAGUCCCUUUUGGUUAAAGUUUUCGGAUAGUAAACAAAGGUCAAUAGUAAUGAAACUUAUGGACCAACUAGAAGUAUCUAAUAAAGUCAUCAGAAUGAAAGCUGCCCGUUGUAUAUUGUACUUGGCCCAAGGUUGCUGGGCAGAAUUGCAAUCAGAUGCUGAGCAGCAAAUGUGGACUCAAAAAAAUGUCAUGUUGCUAUUUGAAAGUGGAGUCUUCAGUGCCUUCAUAGAACUUUUAAACAUCGAGAUAGAGAAUAGUUCUGCAGCAUCUACAGCUUUAAGAAAACUUGCAGUUAGUUUGGCUGAUUCAACAGAUCUAAGAAUAAUACUCAGUGUUUUAUAUAUCAUGAUGGAAGUAAUUCGUACUGUGAGAGAAGAUGAUACAGAUGAAAUAAAGAACUAUCGAGAGGCUUUCAAAAGUGAUUUAGGGAAUGCAGUUGGAGAUGAAUUGUUGGUAGUGAAACUAUUAGGAAUGGUAACACGUUUCUGCAGUGGGUCAGCACCGCACUUCCCUAUGAAGAAAGUUCUUCUCUUGCUUUGGAAGACUAUACUGACAUCCUUGGGUGGUAUGGAUACUCUGAGGCAACUGAAAUGUACAUAUCGAGAACAAGCGGGUUUGAGCAUGACACAGGACACAAUGGAGGUAGCCCGGACAAUGAGAGCCUCAUCACCUCCAGCCAGUGCAGCAGAUUUGCUUGAAGCCCAAAACCUGAAGCGGAACAAUAGACCAUUCAGACGAAUCCUCAUGAAGCAGAGUUCCUUGGAUGAAACUUUAGGAAUGGAAUAUGAGCCAACAGACCAAACUGAUGAGGAAGUUAGAGAGUUUGCGGAGCGGAUGGCAAUGGAAGAUGCGGGAGAGAUACCACAGCCUCCUAGCCCUCGUCCAAGUACUCCUGUCCCUACUAAAGGGAAGGGUCUCCCCUGGGCUCCAAAAGCUCGUCAGAAAGAUCUUGACCAGUUUCUAGAAAGCACAAGAGUAAAAUUUGUUGGCUUCCCACUUCAGGGAGAUAGAGUUUCUUUGGCUGGACUGCCUCAACCCAUUCAUGAGGGAGUGGAAGUGUUGAAACAUAAUAUGUAUACAUCUUUGGCUGAGGUUCAGAUUCAAAAAGAAGAAGAUAUAGCAAGAAAUCCCAUCUCAACACCAGAAUUCAAUGUGCCUCAGACACCAACAGAAGUGUUAUACCAGGCAAUGUUACCAAAUUUGCCACAGUACAUGAUUGCAUUACUAAAAAUUCUGCUUGCAGCAGCUCCAACAUCAAAGGCUAAAACUGAUUCUAUCAAUAUUAUGGCAGAUGUUCUUCCAGAAGAAAUGCCAAUGACAGUUUCGCAGUCUAUGAAGUUAGGCGUUGAUGUUAAUAGACAUAAGGAAAUUAUUGUAAAGGCAGUCUCAGCAAUACUUCUGCUUUUAUUGAAACAUUUUAAAUUGAAUCACAUUUACCAGUUUGAAUUCAUGUCUCAGCAUUUAGUAUUUGCAAACUGUAUCCCGUUAGUUCUAAAAUUUUUUAAUCAAAAUAUUAUGGCAUAUGUUGGAGCAAAGAAUACCAUCCCAAUUCUUGAUUUCCCAUCAUGUAUUAUUGGGGACCAGCCAGAGCUUACAGCAGAGAGCCUUGAAAUAGGUGACAAUCAGCAAUAUUCAUGGAGAAACAUUUUCUCUUGCAUAAAUAUGUUGCGGAUCUUGAACAAGCUUACCAAAUGGAAACAUUCACGUAUAAUGAUGUUAGUGGUGUUUAAAUCAGCACCAAUUCUCAAACGUACACUAAAGGUACGUCAUGCAAUGAUGCAGCUCUAUGUAUUGAAACUGCUCAAAAUGCAAACCAAGUAUCUUGGACGCCAGUGGAGAAAAUCUAAUAUGAAGACAAUGAGUGCCAUAUAUCAAAAAGUUCGCCAUCGUCUUAAUGAUGACUGGGCCUAUGGUAAUGACCUGGAUGCACGACCAUGGGAUUUCCAGGCAGAGGAGUGUGCCCUUAGAACUUGUGUGGACCGCUUCAAUAACCGUCGUUACAAUGUGAGCAGCAAGGACCCAGACUUUGAACCAUCAGACCAUUGUAUUACUAGUGUCUUGGGACAGCCCUUUGAACUGACUGAUUACUUCAAACAGCACUAUGAAGUGUGGCUUCAACGUGAAGUAUUUCAGACUUCUUUUGGGGAUUUAUAUUGACAAUUGCCACUUGCAGAACGAAGCUCUGGGUCUUAUUAGAAUGCCUACCCACAGAAAUUUAUAUUUUACUAUUCUGCAGUUUAUCAUUACUGUUCAGUAUUUACUUCAUUAACACCUUAAAAUUCAACUGCUUAUUACAUACAUCUUCACCACAGGUUUUGACCACUUUCAGACAUCUUCAUAGAAUUCAUUUUAUAUAUUAAAGUUAUAAAAAGUUUUAUGUGUGAUUUUUAGAAUGAAAUUUUACAUUUAAAAAUAUAUAUUUUUCUUGUUAUUAUACAUCUAUUCCUUUUGUUUCUUGCUUCUUUUAUUUUCAUAUUAUUAUUUACUGCUGAAGUUAAUAUUUUUAUAUACUGUUUACAUUCUUACAUUGUUUCCUCACAUAUCUGGUUCCCUCCAACAUUCUUUCUAUUUUGCUGCUCCAUGCAGUGCUUGCCAGUUAUCACACUCCAGUCAUGCUGCACUAAAGAACUCUCCCUUACAAAUAUGUAAUUAUGUAGAUAGCCAUCCCCAUGUACAGUUUCUUAAAAAAAAAAUGUAAGUUUGAUUUAAAAAGGCUUGUGAUGAAGUAAAUGUUACCAAGAGUGAAACUGGCAGGAGCUGUGGUUUAACUUACUCAACCAAAAUACUAGGAUUGAACAGGAAAUUAGAUUUUUCUGACAAUUUGGAAUUAUAGUGGAUUUCUCAGCAACAUACACAAAGUGUUCAUAUAAGUGAGGCAGUUUAUUUAAUCACUGCAUAAUAUAUUAUUCAUAAGGGAAAGUUCGUUACUGGAAAAUUUGACUCGGCUAUAAGUGGCAGGUACUGAAUGCAGCAGCAAUAAAAAAAAUAAUGAUGGGAAUCAUAAGGAAUGUGACAGUGGGGAAAUAAAACAAGAAUCAAAAUGGUAUCUUAUGAAUACUACAUAAUGUAUAAGAAUGUCAACUUCAACACCAAAUGACAGUAUUGAAACAAAAGGAAUAGAUAUACAAUAACAAGAAAAUAUGUGAAUGUAUAUGUAUAUAUAUAUAUAUUGUAGUUGUAAAAAAUCAUACUUUGAUUAUAUAGUGUAAAUCCCCUUACGAUUGGUUAUACUACCUAAAACGUGUGGAAAAUACAUAUAAUAAAUAGUUUUGCUCAAUGGUAAUCUAGUAAAUACUGAAUAAUAAUAGUAUUACUGCCAUGAAUACCAAUAUUAAAAUAUCAUCACUGUUACCUGAAUUUCAUAACCAUGUUAUUAAAUGUUUUUUUUAACCGUACCUAUCAGACAAGUGACUGUAAUGUAAUAUGCAUACAUUAAGAACUUUGUAUCCCUGAAGUUUGUCUAUUUUGAAUUGCAAGUGAUGCCUGCAGUUUUCGUUAACUAGGAGUGCUGUAUCACUGGAGUUUCUAGACAGGUUCAAGUAUUUAUUGGUAUUGAAAUUUUAAGUACUAUGAAAGGUAGUUGUGACAUCAAAAGAAAUGGUUACAUAAUUGUUCAAAGACAGAAGUGAAAUUAUUGGUUUUGUUGUAUAUUUUUAAUAAAGUGGAAACAUGAAAACAUAAUAGAAGACUGUUAGUAUCUGAACAUAUGUAGAAAGCUUAUAUUUAAUAUGAUUUAUUUUAAUAUUUCUGCAAGAAUUUAAACUUUGGACAAAGAGAAAUAUAGGUUGUAAUCUGCAGGACUUUACAAAUCUGUAAUCUGUACCAGGUAGCAUAAUAUAUUUACUUUGAUCAAACCUUUUAAGAUACUGACUUCUGCUAAUUUAUUUUUGUGUUUAAUUGUUUAAUUUUCACAGGAAGAUAAAAAAAAAUUAACAUCAAAUUUUCCUACAUAAUAAAGACAUAUAUAUUAGUUAUGAAAACAAUGGCUGAGCUUUUUCCUUGUUUAGUACAUCUGAUGAGUUAUAAAAACUAGAUUUUAACUUACAAUUAGCAUAGAAGACGUAUUCAAAGAUGGAUUAGAAUGAGAUGCACGAUGAGAGUUCUGGGCCAUGUAAAACUUAACUAUUAAUUCUAGUAGAAGUUGUAGAGUUGAAACUAUUUUGAAUUUUACAUCUGCUUUACUAAUGAAGUAUUUAAUUUGCGUAUUCUCAUAACUGAAAUCUGAGUGAAGCACCAUGUUCGGUUAUGUGGAACACGAUGGUGAUCAAAACAGUGGCCAAGUCUAUACCAAAUGAAAAAAAUGAACAUUGCUUUAUAAGGACUGAUUUACACCGCUAAUUUUAUUCUCGGGAUUACUGAAAAGAUAAUGCCUUUAGGAUAGACUUGCUUGAAAAACCCAUAGUGUGAAAGGCAGUUUACUUCCUGUUUUUUUAAUCAGUUCUGAUUUCAGAGUUAGCUGAUGCCACACUAAAUUUUAAGUCCAGCUGAUUAAAUUUCAGUCAUAAUGGAGGGAAAUGAAAAAGAAUCCUAUACCUUCACCAUGUGUGUGAAGAAGAGUGGACUAAAUAUUAAUAUUUAUUAUAUUUACCACUUGUUAUUUUAAAAUAUUGUUGAUAAAAACUUUUGUUUCCUUUGGAGUCAGUACAGUUACACAAAGUUGCAGUGUUCCAUUGUUAUUUUGUUACAAUUAUGAUCCUACAACUGGUAUAUUUUACAACAAAGAAGGUUUCAAGCAAUACGUAGAUGAAGUGAUGUGAUAAGGGGGUGUGGGGGCUGUGUUGAUAUUUUCGUGAGAUAGCACCAAGUCAACAUCCUUCUUUCACCCACUUAACAACUGUAGCCACUGGAGAAACAUCCCUGGCUCUACACAAAGGAAAAAUGCUUUACAGUCAGAAUUGUUGAAGUAUGUAAAGACAGAAGGAUAUGGUAAACUGAUUAUUUCUAUUCAGACCUGUUUUCAUUGUUUUUCUGAAGUCCUUAUGAGAUAACUAUAGUGUAUGGAAAGCUUCUUAUACUGUUUUGUGUUUAACAUAGUGAGGUGUAUAUAUAUUGCACUUCCCUUUCUAAAUACUGAUCAUGAAUGAAUUUUUUAUAUGCACAUGAUGUCUGUCCUGUUAUCGGUUUUUGGUUUAAUGUUAUUUCUCUUUUCAGGUUCUCUUUUGAUAUUUCACAUUUAUGAGGAGUUACAUUCUUAAUCGUAAUAUUUCAUUGUUGGCAGCUACAGUUUGCAUUGCAGAAAGAGUCUCCAUUUCAGCACCACUACCAUUAUUAUUAAUUACUGCAACUUAAGUGGUUUUACCUUAUUCAUUGAAAAUCUGUAAUUAAGGUAAAAUAGUAAUGUUUGUCGAUUAGAUCAAAGUUCAACAAACUCUUAUAUUUGCCACUAAUUUCUUACAAUAGUAAAUGCUCACACCUGACUUCCAUUCUUAUGUUAGCACUAACCCAGUAGCUUUAGUGAUACAGUGCCUAAUUAGUAAUAAAACAAUUAUAUAGCAUCUUAGCAUGUUUUUUUAUUAAUGCAAUAAAAUUUACAGAUGAUGAAUUUCACUGUGUUAAUUCUUAUUUGGUUAUUAUUACUCACGUCUAGGAGAUGAUUUAGAAAAGAAAACUAGCACAAGAAGUAAAUAAGUCUGCAGUUUUGUCUAUAUUUUAUGUUUAUAGAAUUCUUUAAAAUUGCUGUCUUAAAUUCGUUACGGUAGACUCUUCUGAAGAAUAUGAUAGUGUAGGCAAAGGUGUCAUCAUUGUGCAAGGGAUAGUUGUAAAGUGAAAGACUUGCAUAAAACUGACUGAUGUGGUAAUGAGGUAUUAUCAGUUCUCAUAGUGGAAUAGUAUGAAAUAGGCCUAUGUAUUAAGUGAUAUGUUACAAACCAAAUUGCUGUGGGAUCAUAACAGCCGCUUGUAGUUUUCACAUUUGCACAUGAUCAAAAUAUAACAAAUUUACUCUAUGUGGAUUAGCCAAAUGGAAGGUGGUCUGGUCACAUACUAACAAAUCUCAGCUGUGUUGCCAUUGAAACAUUUAUAUUUUCUCCACAGGAAUGGGCAGAAUUCUUUAACAGAAUAAAAAUGUGUCAUAAACAUCUAAUAGCUAAAAAGAACUAAUUCUGAUCCUCAAGGAAUGAACAAGAUUUAAGAAUUGUUAAUUUGAGAUGGCAACAGUGAAAUACAGUAGUUAAUGUGAGGCUUUCUAGCAUGAAGUUGUGAUGAAGCAGCAUAAAUAGCAAAAUGAGAUUACAAUUUAGCCAGAAAUUAAAGCUUGUCAAUGAUAAGUGUGAUAUAUUAAAAAUGAAUGUAUGCUUGUGACUCUGAACACAGACAAAUUUAAUGUAAUUUUCAGCCAUUGACUGAUGUAUUAAGAAGUAGAGUGAAUCAUUUUAAGUAAAAUUAAUUUAGCUAAUACAUUUAUAGUCAUGAUCUCCUCACUUGGCACAGUCUGAUAGCAACAGAACUGUUUGUGAUCAUGGCUGUAAUUGUAGGAUUCUUUAUGGCGUCAAUAAAAAUAUUUAUACAAGGCUGUAUAAUGUUUUUUAAACAGUGGUUUAUUUAUUUAUUUUUUGAUUCUUUGUGAUACAACCAUUUACACGGUUUUGUUCUUGAGUGUAAUACUGCUAAAAUGAUUCCUCUUGUUGAUUAAAGUGAAUUAUGAUUAA